UCUUUUGGUACAGUCCAGUCCAGAGAACUAGAUGUCGCUGUACACAAUUGGAACGCCAUUGUGGAUCAAUAUUGCAAUUGAAGUUAAUGGCGAGAAGGAGCUCCGUUGAGCCAAAAUGGCGUCUGGGCAACUAUGUUAAACACUGACACAGGGGUUACCACGUUUGGUACAUUCCAGGUGACUAGCGUACAAGAUGGCAGCCCCGAUGGACGAUGAAUUUGAAGAUGCGCCUGAUGUUGAGCCAUUGGAGCCUACUUUAAAGAACAUUAUAGAACAGAAAUCACUCAAAUGGAUUUUUGUUGGUGGAAAAGGCGGCGUGGGCAAAACGACGUGCAGCUGUAGCCUGGCGGUCCAGUUGGCAUCGGUAAGGGAGAGCGUGCUCAUUAUCUCCACGGAUCCUGCUCACAACAUAUCUGAUGCGUUCGACCAGAAGUUCUCCAAGGUGCCCACCAAGGUCAAAGGUUAUGACAACCUGUUCGCUAUGGAGAUUGACCCGAGCCUUGGUGUGGCCGAACUGCCUGACGAGUUCUUUGAGGAGGAGAACAUGCUCAGCAUGGGCAAGAAGAUGAUGCAGGAGGCCAUGAGCGCCUUCCCCGGCAUCGACGAGGCCAUGAGCUACGCCGAGGUUAUGAGGUUAGUGAAGGGGAUGAAUUUCUCCGUGGUGGUCUUUGACACGGCCCCCACAGGCCACACGCUGCGACUCCUGAACUUCCCCACCAUCGUGGAGAGGGGGCUGGGCCGCCUCAUGCAGAUCAAGAACCAGAUCAGCCCAUUCAUCUCCCAGAUGUGCAAUAUGCUGGGCUUGGGUGAUAUGAAUGCAGACCAACUGGCCUCUAAGCUAGAGGAGACCCUACCUGUCAUUCGCUCCGUUAGUGAGCAGUUUAAAGACCCGGAGCAGACGACGUUCAUCUGUGUGUGUAUCGCGGAGUUCCUGUCCCUGUACGAGACGGAGCGUCUGAUCCAGGAGCUGGCCAAGUGCCGCAUCGACACCCACAACAUCAUUGUCAACCAGCUGGUGUUCCCUGACGGGGAUCGACCCUGCAAGAUGUGUGAGGCGCGACACAAGAUCCAGUCCAAGUACCUGGACCAGAUGGAGGACCUGUAUGAGGAUUUCCACAUAGUUAAACUGCCUCUUUUACCCCACGAGGUGCGUGGGGCAGACAAAGUCAACACCUUCUCCAAGCAACUCUUGGAUCCCUACAACCCUCCUAAAAAGUGACCCCUCCCUUCUCUCCCUGGCUCUUCACUGACCGCCACGACCCGCCCACCCUCACCACACCUUCAGUGACCUCUGACCUCCGACCCCCGUGGCCCCUCUGCUCUCGGUCCAACAGACAGCAAGCCCAGCUCAGCCCACUCCAGCUCAGCCAAUCCCAGCGCAGCCAAUCCCAGCGCAGCGCAGUCCAGCUCAACCAAUCGCAGCGCAGCAGCACUAGCCCUGAGGAGCUCAAGUCUGCUCCACACUACACCACACCACACGACCAGACACAACACAACUCGACUCGAAGAUUUUAUCUCUGAUCUCAUCUCUCUCAUCACCACGACUACGCACCAGAGACGUCCUUCUACUACGAUCACCACAGGACUACUCUUUAUUCUCUCUCUUUUUGUGUUUUUGUCCAUGGGAAGACUUGGAAGAGUUUGUCAUGUGCAUAUAUCUUAAUGUCAAGGAAAAAAAAAAAAAGAACCAAUAGACUAAUUUUGUGUAAAAGGCUUGCUUUUGAUUUAUUGAAUGAUUAUUUGUUUUUGUUUUUGGCUCUUGUCUUAGCCCACUGGUUGUGCCUGUUUAGGUGAGGUCAGGUAGAAUGUAUCUCAAAAACAGUUACAUGCUCAACCCUGCGAUGGAUACUUGUUUUUAACCUUCAACCAAUAGCAGGAGGCCAGGGAGAUGACAGGCAGGUGUUGUGGGUGUUGUGAUUGGUGUUUUUUUUCGUAGGAGGCCUGAAGACCAUUUGGCUUGCAGUGAUGUGGAGUAGCAGGGUUCAUUAGCGCACACACACAUACCUGAACUCUUCAGAUUCCGGUUAAUGGUCACUCUUCCCUGUUGUGUGGCCAUGACUACGACCAUGAUCUUCAUCACCAUCAUCACCCCCCCCCCCCCCCCCCCCCCCAUUAAACCAUAAACCCUCUCUGUUCCUGUGUCAGUCUCACAGCCCCAGAGCUGUGGUGCUUCACUGGCGCUUGGGCCCAUGUGGACUCUGGCCCUGGCCUCUUAGCAUGCCCCUUAAGCUUGAAGAUAAGUGCCCCUUAUUAAUGCUGUUUGGAGUUUUACUAUGUGAUUCAUAAUAUAUUGUGUAAUCAUAUUUAAUAAUCAUCAUAAUAAUAAUAAAUUAAGUAAUUAGGUGAAAAUGGCUGAUGAAAUCUGGCUCACUUCAUGGCUCCUGUCAUGUCUGAGGUGGUGUACCUGCGGUUGCCUACUCUGGUCGUUCUAACCCACGUGUUGAUUUCAGAAAAGUGAAUGUCGUUUGGUCUUUAAUGAGGUUAGCGUGAGUGAAUGAGUCUGUCUGUCUGUCCUGAUAUGAACAGUGCAGGAGUGCAUGAGGAAGACCAAAUCAAAUCAAAUCAAUAAAUAAAUCUGAUCUGAAAUAAUGAUAGGAAGUUUUAUUUAUGUAGCGCCUUUCUCAAACUCAAGGUCACUUCACAAAGUUAACGCAAGCAGAGCACACACAGGACCCAUACGCGUGAGAUGGCUGUAGCUACACCUCUAAAACAUAGAGAGCAUGAAUGUCAGACUCCCAUUAUGACAUCACCGCUCUGACUGUCAUCACCGAGUGGGUGGGGGUGUGUACGUGGGAGUCUGACUGAGCUCUCUUGACUCCUGCUCGGUUUAUGGGCUCGGGGUUGGGGAGAGCCGCACUGAAACCCGUACAUCUGUGGGGCGCUUUGCCCACCUGGACUCAUCUUCAUCACCAUCCUCAUCAUCGGUUAGACCAGUGGUUUUCAAACUUUUUUGUCAUUCCCCACUUUGUAUUUUCAAGCCCUACCUGAUUUCGGACUUUGGUUCCAUGUUACAUUUCCUAUCUCGAUCCGCUGGAUCAAGAUAUUUUAAUUCAUAUGUCGGUCUGUUUAUGACACUUAUGUUUGUGUGCGGCUGUUUUGUUUUGAAUUUAUUAUCUUCCUUGUCAAAAGAGAUAAAAAAAAUAGUUUGUUCCUCACGCCCCACCUGUCAUGUCUGUCUCUAUUCCCCGCUAGUGGGGCCUGCUCCACACUUUGAGAACCACUGGGUUAGACAGUGUAUGUUUGCAAGUUUUUUUUUUGUCUGUCUCUAAUCAACUUGUCCGAGGGUGUAGGAUUUUGGAGCAGACCAAACCCAUAGUCACCUCUUGCACACUGGCCGUCACUAUUUAAAACAAUAUCUAGAAGAUUCUGUGGUUACUUUUCUGACUGAGGUUGUUAUAGACCUGCGUGUUUGGUGAACUGGUGUCGAUACAUGACAACACAACCUGUAAAAGUCAUCUCUCUCUCUCUGUUCUCUAUAUUUCUCUCCAAAACAGUUCUGUUUUAAAUACCAUCUCUCUCUCUUCUCUAUAUUUCUCUCCAAAACAGUUCUGUUUUAAAUGCCUUUGCUGUUUAGUUUUUCUUCUUCUUUUCUCCUUUUUUAGAGGUGAUAAUGUUAUGGGGAAUCAGACCAUAAAUGUAUAAAAAAUAAAAUAAAUCACUAUUGCAUCGAUGGUU